UUACUAUGCACUAUAAUAAGGACUGAUAGGGAUUUUAACAUUUUAGAGUUUGUAAAUUUCUGUUUAGAAAAUACUGUAAAAUAAUACCAUGUCUCUUUUCUCUGGUUUAAGGAUACUCCAAUUCAAGCAAAAUUUAAUUAUUCCAACGCAAUAUGUGAUACAAAUGAAAGGCUAUACAGUGAUACCUUCAAAAAAGGCUACGAAGAAGCAACAGUUUAAAAUAGAUAAAGUAGAGUUAUCUGUUGAAAAGGAUAUUAAUAAGUUACUGAAUUUUGUGUGUGGAUUAAACUAUUAUAAGGAGGGAGAAGAAGUGAAACUAAAGCCUGACUCAGAAUAUCCUGAAUGGUUAUGGAAUAUUAGAACGGAACCGCCAAAAUUGUCAGACCUUGAUCCAAAUACCAAAGCAUAUUGGAGGUAUAUACGAAAACAAGGAAUAAUAAGAACUAAUCGCAGGAUCAAGUACCAUACUUUCUAGAAUAGUUUUUCUGAACAUCAGAAUUCAAUAUCAUUUAUGGAUUUGAUAUACACUGAUUUUUGUUAAAUAUAUUGUUACAGGAUUACGUGAAAUAUGCAUAAAUAAAACUGUUUCUAAGUAUAA